GUCCAAAAACAUCGUCACCAUGUCUAGAGAAAUCUCGAGAAGACUCUCUCUGACAGCUUUACAAAUUCAGAGAGCUUAUGCAACAGAUCGGCCAUAUUCCACAGCUCUGGGAGUUGUACCUGAUGAAAUGCAAGACAAAGACAUCUACGAAUACAAGAUCGAAAAGGUGGAUCCCAUCCCCAAAGACUACAAAGAGAUUCCUGGUCCCAAAGAGCUUCCGUUUAUUGGCAAUUCUUGGAGGUUUGCACCUAUUAUUGGUCACUAUAAAAUUCAUGAAUUAGACAAAGUAAUGUGGUCGUUACACAAACAAUAUGGCAAAAUCGCCAAAGUUAGUGGUUUGAUUGGCCAUCCAGAUUUGCUGUUUAUUUUUGAUGGUGACGAGAUCAAAAAUGUUUUCAAGAAAGAAGAAGCCAUGCCUCAUCGACCAUCAAUGCCCUCGUUGCACUAUUAUAAACAAAAGUUGCAGAAAGACUUUUUCAAUGGAAAUGAAGGAAUUAUUGGAGUACAUGGUCCCAAAUGGGAGACGUUUCGGAAACAAGUGCAGCAAUUUUUGCUACCCCCAAUAACAGCUAAGAAAUAUAUCGAACCCUUAGAUCAGAUCUCAACUGACUUUAUAAAUCGAAUGGAAAACAUGUUAGAUACGAACAGAGAAUUGCCAGAUCACUUCCUGUCAGAAAUUUAUAAAUGGGCAUUAGAAUCUGUAGCAAGAGUUUCCUUAAAUAGAAGACUCGGAUGUCUAGAACCGAACCUACCUCAAGAUUCAGAAUCACAGAAAAUUAUUAAUUCCAUUAAUACGUUUUUCUGGAAUGUAGCAGAGGUCGAACUUAAACUCCCAAUUUGGAGGGUAUACAAAAAUAAUUCCUUUAAAAAGUAUAUUGGAGCCUUAGAAGAUUUCAGAACAUUGUGCUUGAAGUAUAUCACCCAUUCAAUCGAAGAAAUCAGGUCGAAAUCAUAUGACAACGUUAAAGAACAAGAUAUUUCCAUUUUGGAACAAAUACUUUUAAAAACCGGGAAUGCAAAACUGGCGGCAGUAUUGGCUUUGGAUCUCUUUCUAGUAGGAGUAGAUACGACUUCGAUUGCUGUAGCUUCCACGAUGUAUCAGUUAUCACAAAAUCCAGAUAAACAACAAAAAUUAUUCGAAGAACUUAACAGUGUUCUUCCUAGUCUUGAAUCAAAAAUUGAUAUACCUGCACAAGAAAGUAUGCAUUAUCUUAAAGCUUGUGUAAAAGAAACUCUAAGAAUGUAUCCUGUGAUAAUUGCCAAUGGUAGAAGUCUUCAGUCAGAUACCGUUUUAGCUGGAUAUAAAGUACCAAAAGGGACCCACGUGAUAUUUCCCCAUUUAGUAGUUAGUAAUGUAGAAGAGUACAUAUCGCAACCAGAAAAGUUUAUUCCGGAACGAUGGUUAAAGUCUGCACAUCCAGGAUGCCCCGAAAACCAGGAGAAGAUUCACCCCUUCGUUACGCUACCGUUUGGUUAUGGAAGAAGAUCUUGCCUAGGAAGAAGAUUUGCCGAAGUUGAAUUAAACAUUCUGUUAGCAAAAGUAUUUAGAAGAUAUAAAGUAGAAUACAAUUACGGUCCGUUGACUUAUAAGAUCACGCCUACAUACGUUCCAGAACAACCUUUGAAAUUUAAACUUAUCAAGAGAGAAACAUCUUAAACCUAUCGCUGAAGUUUUACUAAUGAUUUGAUUUCUACUUUGUAAAUAAGUAACAAUUUUAUAUACUUAUCAAACAUAUUGUUUAACAAUAAAAUCGUUAACAUUGCAAUAUUUGUAAUUUAAAAGUAAACAUUUUGAUGUGUAACAUUUAAUGUGUAAAACUUUUAUGUCCAUUUUUUGAAGAGUAAAUAGCUUUUCUGAAGUUUCACUGAUUGGAUAUAUACAAUAGUUGAUUUUAUAUUUAAUUUAAAUGUAAAUAUAAGUAACUACAUAAUUAAAU